AUCUAAUGAACAUCCAUUAACCGAAUCAAUCAGCACUCACCAGUGCAUUUAAAUCAUAGGCUACUCUGACUGAAUAGAAGAUCAUCUUUUUGGAGUAGUCGCUAAAUAAGGCCCAAAGAGAUGUAAAAUUGUAUCCUAUAACAUUUAGCUAAAUGAUGUAAGAUUUCAAUAAAACCAUUUAAAGUCUAAAAGGGAAGACUUGAUCUAGAAUUAUCACAAAACCAACAGAAAGCUAUUGAAAUAAGUGGAUGAAUUACAACAAUUAAUCAAUAAUACUCAAACCUACAUCAGAUUAGAUUAACUAAUUACUGCUUUCAAAAAUAAUAACUGGAAUGAUCAUAUAGCUAGAUAUCUUCAUGAGAAUAACAAGUUAACAUCUUAGAAAAUAAAAAUAAUUUAAAAAAUUAUAUUAACUGAUUAAUAACUAAAUGAUUGGAGGGAAUAAAUAAACAUGAUAGAGGAAGAUAUUAAUGGAUUGCAUCAUUAGAAUAGUGCUUUGAUUAUUGAAUUCGAGGAAUUGGAUGAAGUGAUUCAUUAAUGGAAUGGUUCAGCCAUAGAACCAAUUAGCAAAAUCUAUCAGAUUAAGAAAUAGUUAAAUGAGCUCAGGGCUAAUUACUUAGAUUUAUCAAGUGAAAGAUAGAGGAAAGAGGCCAGUCUAACAGAAUUGACAACCUAAGUUGACUCAAUCCAGGAGAAUCUCAAUUAAUUAAGAAAAGAAUAAAUACCAGUAUUUUAAGAAAUUGAUUUUCAACUUAAACAAGGCAUUCAGUUUUGGUUUUCGCCAGAUUUGGUGUAUAAGGUCUUUCUAGAUAUCUUCAAUGACUUUGUGGAUUUCAACAAGGAUAAAAUAGAUGAGGUAUUCAGCAUUUUGAUGCAAAUUCAUGACAAAAUUGUUGGAUGUUGUUUCAGUCUGUUGUAAAAACACAUCAAAUUCGAAGAGAGAUAACAACUAUUCGAUACCAACUUUCAAGAAGCCACCAGCAUAAUUAAUCAACAUUAGUAAUGGUUCAAAGAGAUAGAUGCUUAAGACUUCGAGUGUUUGCUAGGUAUUUAUUGAUUAAUUAGAAGUUUAAAAAAUAAACAAUCAUUAAUUUAUGAGCAUAAUCGAAUAGAAGAGUUAGCGAUUCCAGGCUGUUUUGCAGAAAUAAAUUCGAAUUUUCAGUUGUACCCAAGAACACACAAGUCUUAAGUAUGGUUAUCAUAGAUUCUGCUUAGAGCUCAAUAAAUUGAGCUAGAAAGAUAAGUUCAUAAGUUAUUGUAUGAAUAAUCGAUGAUACAGUGCAACUAUCAGCGUUUGGAAUCCUAGUUACAACAACUGAAGAUUGCUGGGCCUAUCCUUAUUAUGAACACCCAAAGUUAUCAGUUAGAACAAGUGUUAGAUAGAAUCAAUACCAUUGAAAUCAUUCAGAAGAAAAACAAAUAGUAAAUAGAAUUGAAUUAUCCGCAACAAAUUUCAGUUAUUGAAUCAUAGAUAAUUCAAUACCAAAAUCAGUUCUAAUAGUUGAUCGAAUAGUUGUUAAGCAUUAAAUCAGACAUAAAAUUAGUGUAUAAUUAAGAUGUUGAUCAAGAUGAGGCUUUUUUAUAAAUGGAACUUCAAUAACUCAAUUAGGAAUUGCAUACCCAAGAAUUGUUGUUUUCUAAAUCCAAAAAUGAAUGCGAAAUUAAGUUAUAAUAAUUUGACUAUGAAGAAAGUAAUAAUAUUCAUUCUAAUCAAGAUGCUAUUUUAAAUAGAAUUGAAACAAUAUCACAAGCAAUGAAUGAUUAUCGCAAUCAAAAGCCAGUCAAGGAAAAUAUCCCUCCCACAGAUUUGCAUUCUAAACGCCAAUCAUUAGACAAUAGUAUAUUUGACAACAACAAAUCCAAUUUGAAAUAUUCUUGUCAUGAAAAUACAACUGACAGAAGUCAUUCCAGAUCACGAUCAGCCUUGGGAGCAAAUUCAUCCUCUAAUUCAUUAAGAAAUUUUUUGAAUUUCCAAAGUCCUUCACAAUUAAAACGAACUAAACUUACUCUAAUUCACAAUCAUUCCAACAGGAACUCAUAAAAAUAAUCAAUCAACUCAUCUGUUCAAAAGAUAGAUGAUACCACACUGUUGUCACCAAAUAAAAGUUUUAUUUCAAAUAAAAAUCAAUAAAUCUAGCCUGUUAAGACUUUCAAAGUAUACAAAAGAACAGUAUAAAAUACUCUCAUUUAGAAGCUGUAAGAAGUCAACAAUUACAUACCAAAGUAAAUUCAAUCAUCAUUUUGUAGGUUUGUUAAAUAUAAUGAAAAAAUGAAAUGCAUAGAGUUUUACAAUGCUAAUAGAAUUGGAAGUGACUUGGGCGUGAAAGACUCGGCUUUGAAUAUCAAAUAAAUAGUAGGAAUAACACAGUAACUAGUUAAAGGUGUUAUUAAACAAAGUAAUCAAUACAUCCUACAUUUUAGAUUUCACUUUCUAUGGACUAUUUUUAUUACUUCAAAAAAAUCAGAAAGUAGAAAUUCUAUUUGCUAAAUAAGAAGAAUUAAUUUAAUUCUUGAACAUCUUAAAGUGA